AUGAAAACCAAAAAAGGAGGGAGAUUUAAAUCUUCCUUUAAGUUGAAACAAAAAGGUAUUGAAGUAAUAGGAAAGUGGAAAACUGUGCACAUCGACCCCAAUCUAUUUGCUGAUGAGGAGUUUGCAGAUAUAGUAUGCUUGGAGGAACUUACAGAGUACAAACUAGUAAGUUCUUCUGAAGCGGGGAAGGUAAAAGAGAAGAAGAGAAAGUCGGAGAGUGUUUCAGAAGAAGGCAACGAGGAGGAUGAACAACCUGUCAUCCCUCCCAAAAAGAAAAAGAAAAACAGAGAUUUGAGAAGCAAAACAGAUGAAAGCGAUGAUCCUAAUGCAGCAGGAACUGAUGUGCUGGUUGAUAAAGAGGCAAAGUGUAACGAAAUGAUCGAAGCAGCAAGUUGUGAGGACUGCGGACAUGUGGUUGAGAGCACUUCAAGCAGAAAAGAUACUCCAAAGAAAAAGAAGGUAACUAAAAAUAAGGUUUCUCAGGCUCAGGAAGCUCUUCCAUCAGUACCUACUUCUAAAAAAGUUAAAAAUUGGACAACAGAAGUUUUAUCUGCCUCAGCUGAUCACAAAGCUGAUGUGUCUGCAUGGAAAGACCUGUUUGUACCUGAACCAGUGUUGCAGGCCUUGAGCUACCUGGGAUUCAGUGCUCCAACUCCUAUUCAAGCCUUAGCGUUGCCGUCUGCCAUCCGGGAUAAUAUGGAUGUUCUUGGUGCUGCAGAAACAGGAAGCGGCAAAACGCUUGCAUUUGCAAUUCCAAUGAUUCACUCUGUGCUGCAGUGGCAAAAAUCAAAUAGCUCAACAACCAGAAAUGGCAGUGUUUCUAAAGAGUCCCAUCAGCAUCAUGAUGAAACAAUAUGGGGAAAUGAGGAUGAAGCAGAAAAACUAACCCAUCAGCAGGUUGAAGAUAGUGGAGAUGAAGAUGAUGCAUCUUUCACAACAGGCUGUGUGAGGGUGCUGGAAAAUUUUGAAUUUGUUUCUGGUGAUGAGACACAUACUGUUGGCUCCAAUAAAAAGAGACCUCUUUUAGGACUGGUCCUUACUCCCACAAGAGAAUUAGCUGUACAAGUAAAACACCACAUUGAUGCAGUUGCAAAGUUUACAGGUAUGUAG